GAAAAGAACGGACCAAUAAUCGAUACCCAGUGUGCAGAAGACGCAAGACGUAGAAGGGAGUCGAAGUAUUUCUGCAUCGACAUUUCACUGACCUCGUCCGUCGUGGUUCACAUAUAUCAUACGUGUUACGAAUGGAAUAUCUACCCUGAAUAGUAGAACGUGUCUUUCUACGUAAUUCUCGGUACAUACGUGUCCUACAACCGUUCUCGAUUUAGGUUCUUCCGGUGAACAAGUCGCCUUCAGCGAAGCUAAGUCAUUUCAACCCGGUUUCCGGACGAUGGCAGAUAUGCCGGCGAACAUCGGUACCACGCGGAAAAUGUCCUUCGGCAUCAACGGUAAACUGAACGGCAUCGAGGGCAAAACACCAUUCCUUAUUGGAGUCUCCGGCGGCACUGCGAGCGGAAAGUCCACAGUAUGCAAGCGUAUAAUGGAGAAGCUGGGACAGGUCGACAUGGAUCAUCAGCAGCGCCAGGUGGUCUGCAUAUCACAAGAUAGCUUUUACCGUGACCUAACACCAGCUGAGAAAGUGAAGGCUGAGAAGGGACAGUACAAUUUCGAUCAUCCGGAUGCAUUUGAUAACGACUUGAUCUUACAAACUCUGCAGGAUAUAUUAGCUGGUGUUAAGUGCGAGAUACCAGCUUACGAUUAUAGGACUAACAGAGUAAUGAAGGAUCAACUUACCACAAUCUAUCCCGCUGAUGUAGUCCUCUUUGAAGGAAUACUGGUAUUCUAUUUCCCUAAAAUUCGAGAUCUGUUUCAUAUGAAAUUAUUCGUCGAUACCGAUUCGGAUACCAGGCUCGCGAGAAGAGUGCCAAGAGAUAUCAAGGAACGUGGUAGGGACUUGGAUUACGUCCUAAAUCAAUACAUGAAUUUUGUAAAACCAGCUUUCGAGGAGUUUUGCUUACCGACAAAGAAGUUUGCAGAUGUUAUAAUACCUAGAGGAGCGGAUAACACAGUGGCAAUAGACCUAAUAGUGCACCACAUCCGGGAUAUUUUGCGUUUGAAAAAGGCCGAAAACUCAUCCGGGCAGCAUCCAUUCGUCUAUCAGCGUAGGCGUACCUCGGCCUCAUCAGACACGCUCAGCAGAUGACUUAAGCAUGAUAAGCUCGCUCUGUCAAGCACUGCAUUUUUUUCCGCACCACGCUCCCAUGUAUGACUCGAUAUAUAUUUCGCGAUUCUUCUUAAUAUUAACAGGAAAGUGAUAUCCGUUUUACGGAAUCCCAAAAGGGAUUUAAGCCAACACACUUUUCUUUUACCGCGAUACGUUCACGAAUGUUGUUAUAACGCGAUGUUUCCUCGAUCGUCGUAAUAUAAUUCAGCUGUCGUAAAAGAUUACGUAUCUCUUUUACGUAAUUUCAAUAUAACGCGCAUUAUAUAUUGUCGAAAAAAAAAAGCAAAAUCGACGCUCCAGAAGGGACAGACACUCGUUUCCCCGCAAAUUGUCCUAGUAUUAUUACAAACUUUUGUAUUCCGAAGAAUUUGUACUUACAUGGCGGAGGAUGGUGCUUUUUAUACGUGUUUUAUCCCGAAUGAAUAUCCUUGCGUAAAUUAAAUUGUAACUCUUAACCCAUGAGGGAAGUGCAUGAAGUUGCGUGGUGUCUCUGACAAAGAGACGUAGUAAAAUGACGGGAGUACAGCCGGUGGAACUGAGUUUUUCUCUCUCUCUCUCUCUCUCUCUCUCUCUCAUUUUUUAACUCAGGCUUCGGUUCCAACUCGAUUUUCAUUCUCUUUUUUUAAAUCUCAAUACCGCUGCUUCAUACUCGUCAUGGUUAAAUUAAAAGAGUUCUAAAUCGGUAUUUCCCGAAUUUCGAAGAUUUCGAAGAUCAGAAGGCGACAUCCAAUCGGUGAAUGUCCAUCGAUUUGUUCUCGCCUAAUCAUCUGUGCAAAUUGUAUUAGUCAAUAUUGCAUAUCUCGUAUAAUUAUCUAUGGUCACACAAGUUUCUUAGCAAACGUCUCGAAUAUUAACUGAGAGUACGACCUAUAAAUAAUAUGUACGUGUGCAAUUGUCCUCUGUGAUAUGUGAUCGUAUGCGUGUGUACAUGUACGUGUGUAUGGAUGUAUGUUCCCCACGUGGCUAUUAAACGGGUUACUUUAGAUUAUGUUUCAAACACAUCUAUCUGUGUAAAGCGUUAUACUUCCCUUUCUGGUCACUCCAUCAUAAUAAUUUGCGUUUGCAUUCUUGCAUAAUACUUGACAUAAUAACGUACAAUACAUAUGCAAGGUAUUCAUAAAUCGUAAUUAUCUCUGAGAUGUAGUGUAUCUAGUUUACAUUAGACUUAUCGUACCUCGGGAUAUUCGCCUAUCGCACUUCGUAGCAACGUACUUUAACGUGUAGAGACGUAUACAAGGUGCGCCAGAACUGUUAUGCAAUAGUACCUCGACACGUGGUUCUUUUCAACGAUUAUUCUUUUAAAACGGUUUCGAGAGGAAAACUUGGUUCAGCAUUUUCAUACGGGACCAUAUUUUGCACAAAAUUGUGCACACAAAAUACUGAUUAAGUCUGGUACGAAAUGUCUCUAUUAACCCAUUAACUUGUCCAUUAAUCUCUCAAUUAUUUCUGACAUUUUCACUGACACGUGUAUGUAUAUCAAGUAUUGUUAAGUUCCUGAUUUCGAGGCAAUACCUGUUCUUCUCAAUCUCCAUUUUGUAUUUGUGGUCAACGAAGAGUGUGCUAGUUCUGGGACACCCUGCGUAUUCACGAUAUAUAACGAAGAAGAAAGCAGCUAGCCUUUUCUAUCUCUCUCUUUCUCUCUUUCUUUAUACUUGCGAGUCAGCAUAUGAACACAAGUGUCUUAUAAUAUAAACUGCACGUAAUCAUUAUGCGAUUACAGUUGUUACCCAAGAUAAUCGAUAACGAUUAACUCUUACGAUUAAUACAUUACGAUUAAUUCCAGAUGUUUACAGGCGAUUUAAUAUUGUUUCGAGAUGUAUAAAUACUGACAUACGUCGCAAAUAAAGGAAAUUUAUUUACCUCCCCAGUAUA